GUUGCGCGGGCGUGUGUUACCGUGCGCCAAACGCGGCGAUCGGGGUGCCCUCCGCGCGUGUUGGUGCUGCGCCCCUUCGAUCCGCGCCGCGCUGAUGCAGGGCCCCGAUCCUAGUUGACAUGCACCUGCCGCCGUUGCUGCUCCCCAGCUACCGCUAUCGCCGAAGGAUAUGGAGGCCACCAGCUCCGAGGAGGAUAGCGCCACCUCGGCACCCAGCGUAAAGCAAGAAUCCAAUUCCAACCCGGCAAGUCCUCUAGAAGCAUCAAGUCCAGGAUCUCUGAAUGGGAGAGUACUGUUGGCGCCAUCUGUUGGGAGACUCUGAAACUUGCUAGAGCUUCAUGGUCGAUAUCUGUUUCUACGCGGAUCACCAC